CGAGCGGAGGAGGCGGGGGCGGAAGCGGCGGCAAGCGCUGCGUGAGGGGGCAGUGUCGCGCCGGAUCGAGGUAGCGAGUUCUGGCAGUCCUCACGCCAUUGGGGCCGGCUCUGUAUCGAACGGUACUGGGAGAAGCAGCAGUAGGGUGGAGCAGCGGGCGUCGUUGUCCGGAGCUGUUUAGGGUCGGGCGGCGGGACCUCGGCCGCCCCCCGCCAGGGCCGGUAGGUGGACUCCUGGGGCACGACGUCGCGCUGCCGGCGAGGGUGGCGGCCUGCUCCUUCGUGCAGAAUGGAGACUGAUUGCAAUCCUAUGGAGUUACCCAAUAAUACGGGCUUUGAAGAGGAUUCUGAUUAUAGAGACUUUGAAGGAACAGAUGUGAAAGAUAUGAGACUGGAAGCUGAAGCUGUUGUGAAUGAUGUUCUGUUUGCUGUCAGCAAUAUGUUUGUCUCUAAAACCCUUCCUUGUGCAGAGGAUGUGGCAUAUAUCAAUGUGGAAACAAGGGAAAGAAACAGAUACUGCCUGGAGCUCACUGAAGCAGGACUCAGGGUAGUAGCUUACAAUUUCGAUCAGACUGAUGACAGAUUGCAAACUCCAUACCAUGAAACUGUCUACUCCUUACUGGACUCUCUCAGCCCUGCGUAUCGAGAGGUGUUUGGAAAUGCACUACUACAAAGGCUAGAAGCUUUGAAGAAAGAUAGUCAGUCAUGAUUUACCCAGAUGGGAGGAAGAUUUAAUGCUAGAAGGAAUUAUUAGUAUGAGGCAUUGAGAUCUUUCUUACAAAUGUAAUAAAAAACAUCUUAAGCUUCAUUUCUUGCAUUAAUAUCUAGUUCCUGCUAAUAAUACUCUACAGAAUUUUGCUAUAGUGGAUUUGUGUAUAUCACAAUGCUAUUACAAGCUGCUUUGGUAAAUAACAAGGAAGCUCCUUCAUUUUGCUUUCCUUUUUGUUGUAUGUGAGCAAAUAAGUUGCUGCUUAGAUUGUUAAAAAAAUUUGAUCUCCUUUCAAAGUGUUAUUAUUGCAAACUCUAAAACAUUUAGGGAGGAUAUGAAUGUUUUUUAUAUACAAGUAGUAUUUCUAUGUGUGCUUAGUGAUAAUUUUCUGCUUUUUAAACUAGACGUUAAGUACUUGCUCUACAUAAUGAAAAAUAAUUGGGAAAACUACUGUCCUGCAAAGAACAGAAUUUCAGCUUGAUUUGCUCUACAUAAAUCUGAAAGUUCUCAGCUUUGGUAACAGGAAAGAUGGUUCUUGAACAGUUAAGCAUUGCUUAUAUAGUUACCAUAUGCAAGGUAAAAUCAGGGCUCGGUACUAUUUCAUUUGUCCUUAUCUAUGGCAGCCAGCAAAGCUCAAAUAAAAAAUGAGAUGUACUGCUAAUAUAUGAAUGUAUUGUCUGAAUUGCAAUGAGUUAAGCACAGAAUUACAAUGUAAUGGGCUACAUUUCCUAAAGAUGAUGUCGUAUGAGCAUAUAUAUAUAUGUAUAGCAUUAUUGUAACUGUUUUGGAGGCUCAGAAGACAUUUUAGCCUGUUUAGUAUUCUGAAUGUGUGUUUACAUGAUGUACAGGAUAAACCCAAGAGUAUUUUUGCUUCAGCCUUUACUUUGUAUAAUGCAGUACUUUGUUACCCUUGUUUUUUCACCUUUUCUUCCUGAAAUGUACAAUUGUCCUCUCCUGAUGAAUGCUAAGUAAGCACUGAAAUGUUGAUUACGUUGUAUUGGUUUGAAACCAAAGGCUGUAUGAAAUUUGUUAAGACUGAUACAAACUGGAAGAUAUAACUUGUGUUUUCUACUUCAAAACUCAUACAAAUCUCUUUAUAUUGUUCUGCUGUAACUUUUCAAGUAUGUACUGAAUGGUAGACUUUUUAAAAAUUACAGUUGGUUAGAAAUAUCAUUACUGUUGAACUAAAUAUUCUCUGAUGUUCACAGUUUUUGUAUUCUUGUAUUAGUCAGCAUUUGUGCAUCUUUAUUUAAAUAAUCCUGACGUCUUGCCAUGCUUUUUGUGACAAAUACAUAGAGUAGCUUUUUUGGAGUUGCACAUAAGGUUGUAUCAGUUCUUAUGAAUGGAUAGUUUCCAGUGACUUCAAGAGAACUAUAUAAUUUUUACCAACUAAGGAUUAGUCUCAUUAGAAAAGCUUAGUAGAGUUUUUGUAAUAGCUUUGGAGUAGUGACAUACAACUGUGAUUGACACGAAAAAGCACUUCUGUUUUCCAGAACUUAAUUUCAUGUUAAUUUUAUUAUAUUUAAAGUUGAAACUUCUGAUAUUAAUCUUCUGUCCUAGGGUCUGCAUUCAUGCUCUAAAAAUUUUUCAUAGGCUCUCUUGCACACAGGUCUGUGGCACCCAGUUAGUCCUCUGUGAGGAGAAUGUACUUUUACCAAGUUUAUAUUUGAAUAUUUUUCCUUGCAACUAAUUUACUUGUUCAAUUUCAAUGACUAAAGUCUUAAAUAAAUGUA